CCCACAAAGCUCGUCGUCGUCGUUCGCCUGAGCCAAAAAAAAAGCUAUGAACAGCGAAAAGGAAGAGCAACCAUCAAUGGAGAUCGACGAUUCGGAUAAUAUUCUCGAUCUCACCAGCUGCCAACUCCACACUCUCGAUUCCAUCGAGUUACCACCGACCCUAACCGAACUCGACCUCACGGCGAACCGUUUAUCGGAACUAGACUCAAGGAUCGCUCAUCUCUCCGCGCUCAAGAAGCUCUCUCUUCGCCAAAACCUAAUCGAAGAUUCCGCCGUCGAGCCUUUAUCUCGCUGGGACGCCUUGUCCGAUCUCGAGGUGAUUCCUCUCCUCUCUCUCUCUAUAAUCGUGAGAUUGAUCAUCUAUUAUUAUAUAUAUAUGCAGGAGCUGAUUUUGAGAGAUAACAAGCUAGCGAAAGUUCCAGAUAUAGGCAUAUUCUCAAAGCUUUUGGUUUUCGACGUGUCUUUCAAUGAGAUCACUUCGUUGGAAGGGUUAUCAAAGGCCUCUAGUACGUUGAAGGAGCUUUACGUGUCUAAGAAUGAAGUUAACAAGAUUAUUGAGAUUGAACACUUGCAUGACUUGCAGAUUCUUGAACUCGGUUCCAAUAGAUUACGGGUAAUGGAGAAUAUGGAGAAUUUCACUAAAUUAGAUGAGCUAUGGCUUGGAAGAAACCGUAUCAAAGUUGUGAAUCUGUGUGGGCUCACUUGUAUUAAAAAGAUUAGUUUGCAGAGUAAUAGGUUGACUUCUAUGAGAGGAUUUGAGGAAUGUGUUGCUCUUGAGGAGUUGUAUUUGAGUCAUAAUGGUAUCUCAAAAAUGGAAGGGUUGAGUUCAUUGGUUAACCUACGGGUAUUGGACGUCUCGAACAAUAAGCUUACAUCCGUUGAUGAUAUUCAGAACCUCACAAAGUUGGAAGAUUUAUGGCUUAAUGACAACCAGAUAGAAUCACUUGAAGCAAUCACAGAAGCUGUUACAGGCUCUAAAGAGAAGCUCACUACUAUCUACCUCGAAAAUAAUCCUUGUGCCAAGUCUUCUGAUUACGUUGCUGUGCUGAGACAAAUCUUCCCAAAUGUGGAGCAAAUAGAUUCUAACUUAUUUGCUUGAAGAUGGAUGGAUAUGCCUCGUUUUAUGAGAGCCAGCUUCUUCAUAUUUAAAAGACUUAAGAGCAUGUGCAUUGAAUCCAAGAAAUCAGGUGCUAUUUCGAAAUAUACGUGUGGUCGGCUGUUUAUCAUAAAGAAGUGGAAACGAGCAAAAUCAAAUCGUUCUCUUCAUCGAUAUUUUUGUCAAAACGACUCUCUUGCUCCCUUGCAAGCAAACACAAUGCUUGUUAUUGUCCGUAAGCAGUGUUUGGUCUGUUUGUAAGGCUGAGGUUGUCUUUGUUUCCCCGUGACAAUUUUUUUGUGUGUGUGAUUUUGUUAAGCACUGAAAAGUUGCAAUGUGUUGAGAUUUCACUGCUUUUGGUUACUAUUGUCACGUCUGUUCUUUCAUCACUAGUGUGAAGUCAAUGAACCAGAACAAAUAUGUGAAAAAAAACGAUCAAUUUAUAGGUUUUGAUUC